AUGUCGAUGAACCAUAUAAAACAACUGCCGGAAACGUUGUUUCAAUCGACAAAAAACUUGGUGCUGUUGCAUCUGUACGGAAAUAAGAUAGAAGUCUUUCCAAAGUCGAUAUUCAAAGAUCUCAGCCUACUGGAAGACCUAGACUUGUCGGCGAACUCAUUGUUGGAGAUAUCGUCCGACAUAUUCCGAGGCGUUUCGUCACUUAAGCGGUUGAAAUUGCAAGAAAAUCAACUGCAACAGUUGCCGUUGGGGGUGUUUGAUGACGUCGAGUAUUUGGAAGUCUUGUCAUUGAGGAACAACCGCAUAUCAUUUAUUCGUCCCGGACUGUUCAACAACAUGCGUAGAUUGGUGUAUCUGGACUUGACUGAAAACUGGAUAAAUUUACUUAACGGCAACGAGUUCACCGACUUGGUAGCCUUGAACGAACUACAUCUCGGUCAAAAUUACUUGGAAUUCAUACCGGAACGGACGUUCAAGAAUUUAGCGUCGCUCGAAAAACUUUACCUCUUCUCAAACAACAUCCAACAGUUGGACGUCAACAGCUUUUAUGGUUUGAAAAAUCUUUCGUCGCUAUUUCUCAACAACAACGUGCUAAAGGUUAUUGGUGACAAGCUUUUUGAACCGUUGAUGAAUCUCAGAAAGCUACACAUCGACAGCAAUAAAUUCCAAUUUCUACCAAACGAUUGUUUUGAUCACCUACCAAAGUUGGAAUCUCUGAAACUCUCAAAGAACCCGUGGCAUUGCGAUUGCACAAUAUUAUACUUGGCUAGAUGGCUGAGGGCGAACCGGCAAAAAGUGUGGGACUCGAACCCGACGUGUCGUGGUCCCAGGGACCUGGGUGGUAAGCCCGUCGAAGACAUGACCUUUGAGGACUUGUGCGAUGGCCAAUGGGCGAGCAUGGUGAAGCUCACACCUCGAGUGCCCAUUCGAUGA